AUGGCGGGCCACCUUCAAGAGAUCAACCCAGCAUCUACGGCCGUGGCCAAGGACGAUCUGGUGAUACCCCUUAUCGAUUUCCGGCCCUUCUUUACCGGAACCCCAUCCGACAAGCACGCCGUCGCCUUGUCUAUCACAAAUGCAUUCAAGACAUCCGGCUUCGUAUACCUGAAGGAUCAUGGCAUUCCACCCUCGGUGGUCUCUCGAGUCUUCGCCUCAUCUGCUGGCUUCUUCCGUAGACCCCGGAGCCAAAAGGACGGUCUGGGCUGGACUACCCCACAUUCGAACCGUGGUUAUGUCGCGAUCGGGCGCGAGAAGCUAGCCACCCUUGAAGAAACCGGAGAUAUGGAUGCAUUGCGGGGAUCUGCACCUGAUAUCAAGGAGACAAUGGAGAUAGGUCGCGAGGGAGUUGAAGGUCUACCUAACCAGUGGCCGGAUCAUCUCGAUGAUGAAGGGAAGGAGUUCAAGGAGACGAUGCUUUCCUUCUUCGGCAUAUGCAAGGAUCUACACAAGCAGGUUAUGAGUGCUAUCGCACUGGGCAUGAAUCUGCCAGAACACUUUUUCGAUGACUUUGUCAACGACGGGGACAAUAAUCUUCGUCUCUUACACUAUCCUCCCGUUCGGAAGGAUGUCUUCAAGCAGAACCCCAAUCAGGUUCGCGCUGGGGAACACAGUGAUUAUGGCUCUAUCACGCUGCUCUUCCAGGAUCAGCAUGGUGGUUUGCAGGUGCGGAGUCCAAAAGGAACGUUCGUCGAUGCAACUCCCAUUCCUGAUACCAUCGUUGUCAACGCGGGAGAUCUACUGGCGCGGUGGUCCAAUGAUACUAUCAAGAGCACACGUCAUCGGGUUAUUGAGCCGCCCAAGCCAGAGGGACAGCAUGCAGAUGAUACCUCCGACACAUAUCCUUCUCGAUACAGCAUUGCGUAUUUCUGCAAUCCGAAUAACAACAAAUUGAUCGAGGCGCUGCCGGGCACGUAUGGGGAAGAUAUUCAUGUGACCAAGAAAUAUGCCGGUAUCACUGCAGGCGAUUACCUGGUCCAGCGACUGGCUGCGACAUACUGA